AUGGUACGAUACAGUAAAUUAGCCUUUAGAGAACUUGUUAGAAAAUAUAAUACUGAUAUUGCAUAUACUCCAAUGAUAUUAGCCGAUGUAUUUAAAAAUUCAGAGUUUGCUCGAUCGUCAGAUUUUACUACAAAUGAGCUUGACGAUCCUGUAGUGGUCCAGUUUGCCGCAAAUAAAGGAAGCGAUCUCGCAGAUGCAGCAGAGCUUGUAGCACCCUAUGCGGGUGGUAUCGACUUGAAUUGUGGCUGCCCUCAAAAAUGGACGUAUCAGGAAAAGAUUGGAGCUUAUUUAAUGCAAGAUCCUGAAAACGUUAGAGACAUGAUUCGUACAGUCAAAGGAAGAGUUAAUAUACCCUGUAGUAUAAAAAUAAGAGUACAUAACGAUUUAAAAACAACGUACGAAUUUGUCAAAAGAGCAGAAUCUGUUGGAGUCGAUUUCUUAGCAGUCCAUGGACGUACAAGACAUCAAAAAUCAACUGAGCCUGUCAAUUUCGAAGGGAUUAAGCUAGUUAAAGAAUCAAUCAAUCUACCAGUAAUAGCCAAUGGUAGUAUAUUUUCCGUUAAGGAUGCUGAUGAGAUGUAUGAAAAAACAGGUGUAGACGGCGUCAUGUCAGCAAGGGGUCUGUUAAAAAAUCCUGCUUUAUUUGCCGGAUACGAAACUACACCUUGGGAAUGUAUAGAAGAUUAUGUCAAAUUAGCACUUGGAUAUGGUACAAACUCGUUUAUUUUUCACCACCAUUUGAUGUUCAUGUUUGAGGAUAUUAUGAGCAAUGCAGAAAAGAAAACAUUCAACACGCUUUCAAGCAUACCAGCGAUAUUGGACCAUUUAGAGGAAUAUUGGGGAUUGGACGCAACGAAGCUUUGUUAA